AUGCAGUCAAAUAUGACAGAAACCCUGCCAGUUAUCUUGAAUCCAUUAACAAAUAUCGAUUCACCAACAGUUAGACAUAUUGCAAAAUUAAUCAAGUCAACCAGAAAUGCCGCAGCGCUGAAAACUAACAAUAAUGCUGAUAUCAGCAAUAAUCAAUCGCAUAUUGGAUUAAGACGACCCAAAUGUGCACGUUGUCGGAAUCACGGUUUAAUUGCUUGGGUAAAAGGUCAUAAACGUAAUUGUAUGUAUCGUGACUGUAAAUGUCCGCAGUGUAUAUUGAUUGUUGAACGUCAAAGAGUUAUGGCUGCACAAGUGGCAUUAAAAAGACGACAAGCUGUUGAAGAUGUCAUCGUUAUGGAUUGGCAACGUUUUAAUGAACAAAAUAAGGACAAUAGCAGUAAUGAUAAUGUUAAUAAUAACAACAAUGAAACAUUCAAUCAUUUUGUUGCAAAUCAAUCUUCGAAAAAUUCAAUAAAUCAAUAUAAUUAUUACUUAGAUUAUUUGAAUCAUCAAAUUGACAACAAAGGUGAAAUGAUAUGGAGUCAAGAGAAUAAGUAUGCGCCAGUGUUAGUGUCCGAUGGACCAGCCAAUAAUAAAAGAGAAAAUCCCGUAGAUUUAAAUCCGAUAACCACAUUAAAUGCACUGACAACAGAUAUGAUGCACAACUCUGUCAAAUCAGCCUUCAAUAACAUUAAUAUGAAUAAUAAUAAUACUAAUAAUAUGCAUAGUAAUGAGGUCAGUUCAUCAAUUACUAUAAGUAACAUACUUCAUAAUGAAAAUCCAGAACGUCCAGCAGCUGAAAGUAGUCCAAUAAUGAAACAGUCGAACAGUUUAUCUAUCAGCACACUGUCACCAAAACGCCACGAGGAGUCGUUUUCACUACUAUCAUCGUCCCCAUCAUCUUUGUCAUCUCAUCAAUUAUCCUGCAUGAAUAGAAACAUCUUCAUUCAACAACAACAACAACAACAAGGACAUCAGGCACAACAACGACGUCAUCAACUGGAACAUCAAAACUAUGGUGAAUCACCUGGCAUCAAUUACUUCUGCAAUUCAACUAAUGCCACCAUAAAUUCAUUUCAAGAACCGGCGAAAUUACUAUCAAAUCUAUUCGCCUAUUUACCAAAACCGUCAGACCUACUGAAACAAUCUAGUUAUGAUAAUGUUUCAUUAUCGAAUAACUAUAUACAUCAGUAUUCACAGUAUAUCGGGCAGUUAAAUACAAUCACGAACAAUAAUAACAGAAGUAUUGAGACAAAUCUGUCAUGUUAUACAACAACUGAAACACCAGUAACGCCUUCAUUGUCAUCGUCAACACAGAGGUCAUUCUCAAACACUGAUCAAAUACUACUCGAUAAUUACUCAAAUUUUCCAAUACAACAACAAUCAACAAUGAUUACAGGUGACAGAUCAAUAAAUUCAAUGACCACUGGAAUUCCCUCUGCGUCAACAUUAAUGCCAUCUUUUCAAGGACUAUAUAAGUAUACAGCUCAGAAAAACACGUGA